GUCCAAACCAGCAGCCCAUCUCUAAAAAGUAGUCUUCACCAUGGCCCGUGUUCUCUUCUUCCUUGCUCUUCUCGUUGCUGCCGCUUCGGCUUUCGUCACCCCGGUGAACCAUGCUGUGAGUUCUCCGGCAUUUGUUCGGACCGAGGCUCCCAAGAUGAUGCCGGUGGAGAAUAUUGAUGUUGCGGUGAGCAAUGUGGCGUCGAGCGCGAAUUUGAUUGCUUCAAGCGUGGGUGACUUUGGUGGCUACUUCUACCCGGUUGCUGGACUUGGUCUUUUGGCUGCUUUGAUUCUUUAUUUGUCUCCUCCCUUGGCGUCGGACGAGUAAGGUGUACGGGAACGGAUUCUAUCACGUUUUCCUGGUGACCAAGGAAGCUAGAGUCUCAUGUCAAGCUUAUUUACUAAAUACUGCAACCAAUUGAGCGACGCUGCUUUAUACAGGUAUAGAUAGAGCCGGUGUACCCCUAUUCCGCUAGAUUUGGUUUGCCUGCUCAUUGGUAGAGGUUAU